GAUAAACUAUUCAGCGUAGUUUACAAACUGGAAAUAUGGUUCGGAUUGAUGACGAAGGAACCACACUGCGGCACCCUAGCUAGAUCCCUCGUAUCACGGAAACCUUCAAACCUCCUUCCAUCCUAUCCAACUUCUGUUAUCUUCUCCUUCUUUUUGUUCUUUUUGGUUUGGUCACAACAAAUCCACCCACACACACUGACACACGCACAUGAGAGAGAGAGAGAGAGAGAGAGAGAGAGAGAGAGAGAGAGAGGGGAGAGACCCAAGAAAUUCAAAUUCUCCUUGGGCUUCACAGAUUACACAGAGUUAAUUCCCUGGUUCCUCUGUUUGAACUUUCACGUCUCCUUCAACAUAAGAGAGAGAGAGAGAGAGAGAGAGAGAGAGAGAGUUCUGGGUAAAAUGAAGAUUCUUCUUGUGGUUGUGCUUCUUCUACAUGGACCCUUUUGGAGUUCUCACUUAAUUGGGGUUGAUGCCAGAGCAGACCCUGCGGUUUCUCCAGGGACUCAAGUGGGAAUUAAAGAGCACCGCCAAAUGGAUCCAAACAAAAAUUUGGUUAUAGCCCUCAUUGUUGCCUCUUCUGCACUGGGUGCCAUCCUAUUGUCUUUAUUGUGUUUGUGGAAUUUCCGUAGGAGGAACUCACUCAAGACCCACCAGAAAAAUGCAUAUAACUCAGAUUCCCUGAAAGGACUUUCAUUAGCCCCCUUCAUGAGUACAAAUAAUGCCUCGAGAAUGAGUUGUAACAAAGGAGCUGCGCUUUUAAUGGAUUACAAGUUUCUUGAAACGGCGACAGAAAAUUUUCAAGAAAGUAAGAUUUUGGGUGAGGGUGGUUUUGGUUGUGUUUACAAGGCAAAGUUGGGAGAAAAUAUCCAGGUCGCCGUGAAGAGACUAAAUGGUGGAAGUCCAAAUUCCGUAAGGGAAUUCGAGACUGAGGUGGAAUUGUUGAGUAAAAUUCAGCAUCCAAACAUAAUUUCUCUCUUGGGUUAUAGCCUUCAUGGGGAAGCAAGACUUCUUGUUUAUGAACUGAUGCAGAAUGGAUCCCUGGAAACUCAAUUACAUGGACCAUCCCACGGAUCAGCUUUAAGUUGGCAUCACCGGAUGAAAAUUGCUCUCGACACAGCACGAGGGUUAGAGUAUCUGCAUGAGCACUGCAAACCAGCAGUUAUCCAUAGAGAUCUGAAGUCAUCAAAUAUUCUUCUUGAUUCCAACUUCAAUGCCAAGCUUUCUGAUUUUGGUCUAGCCAUUGCUCAUGGGACUCAAAACAAGAAGAACCUCAAGCUCUCUGGCACCCUGGGUUAUGUAGCCCCUGAGUAUCUAUUACAUGGUGAAUUGACCGAUAAAAGUGAUGUCUAUGGUUUCGGAGUUGUUCUUUUGGAGCUUCUACUGGGUAGAACGUCUGUAGAGAAACUGGGACCAUCUAAAUGCCAAUCUAUUGUCUCAUGGGCCAUGCCGCAGAUAACUGACAGAUCAAAACUUCCAAGCAUCGUGGAUCCUGUGAUCAGAAAUACAAUGGACCUAAAGCACCUAUACCAAGUUGCUGCUGUAGCUGUGCUGUGUGUGCAACCGGAGCCAAGCUAUCGGCCAUUGAUUAAGGAUGUUUUGUAUUCUCUGAUCCCUCUCGUUCCGGUCGAGCUUGGAGGGACACUAACAGUAGUUGCACCACCUGCGGUUCUUCUUUGCAGUGGCUGAUACUGCCGGAAGUAGUCAAAGUGUUUUCACAUCUCAGUUCUAUAUUAUUCGUAGCUUGAUGUUAAUCAUCAGCAAGAUAGAACCACACCAUGUAAAUUACGAUGUAAUAAAGUAGAAAAAAUAGGAUUAAGUACACAAAAUAAGAUUCCAAUUUAUUGGGCUUUUGUUGGUAAAUUGGAUAUCCUAAUCAGGUCUUCAUUGAUUUUAGGUAAAUUUACCAGGCUAAGCAAAGACGGAAAGACUAUUGUCUGUGUUCUCUACCUUGGCACCUUUCUAGGAUUUGCCGUGCAAAACAUGAUGAAAACAAUUUAUCUUCCAAAA